GAAGAAAAGACAAAGACACAAGACUGGAUUUGCUCAAGCCUUAUAACCACCCGUGGGCUGUGCAACUGUCUUUGAGAUGUUUUCUGCUCAUAUUUACAGCGCUAUCAGUCGGCAGUGUCUUCGUGAUUUCGUUGAAAAAAGUAAAGUGGUUCGUGGAACUUUUUAUUCCUUACGGAAAAGACCUUUCUUUUGAAGGGGAUGUAACACUAGAAACAACAGCUGCUGCGUCCAUCAAUUUAUGUUUUCAUAAACACGUAUUCCUGUGCUGUGUGCAUAUGUGCGUGCGUGAGUGCGUAUUCAGAAUUUUGAGGUGCUGUUGAUGGAGACAAAGGAGAAACAAGAUACAUCAGAGCUGGAUGAACGAACUGGACUGGUCAUCAUCACCGUCCUUGGAGCACCUUUGAAGCGAUAAAUUAAUGUCAGCAUCUGAGGCAGUUUAUCCGCUAGUGUUAAUGCAUUUCUGCUCGAGUGCUAUAGUUUCACACGACUCACGGUCAUUUGGUCAACACUAUUGAAAACUGUAAUCCAUUGUCACCACAACCGCCUUGCGUCGAUGUUGCUUUGUAUAUUUCGGAUAUCUAAAUUCUGUUGGUUUUUCUGCUCGAUUCACAGAGGAUGAAGGAACGAGUUAGAGUCUGUGUGAAAGAGAUAAUUACUCAAGGUGUACUGUUACUUCCUGAAGGCUGUCCAGAAAAAAACAGAUGUUAAUAGAUCGAAUACAAGGGGUUGACGGCUUCCAUAAAGAAAGAACAAAAUUAAAUAAGGAUUGAUCGGUCCCCAAGGAUAGCAAACCUAUAACAUGUUCCCUCCAGCGAUUGACAUUCUAUCCCCUGCUGAAAAGGCUAACUUAAAAACAUAUCUUUACAUUGCAGUCAACAAUUUUUGUUUUUGUUUUGAUAAAGUACAAUUAUAUGAUCAUUAAUGUAAAAUCAUAUAUUUCUGUUAUUAUAGGCAGAGGCAAUGAUCCCUUAGUUUACUAGCCGUAAAGAUCUGUGAUUCUCGAUGUCUAUUAUGUGGACUGGGUUAGAGGAGGAGUGCAGGGAUGUUUUUCUUCCUCCUUUAUUUCCUUCCGGUGCACAUCCCCACGCAAAUAAACAAUAGAAUAUAUAUCAUGUGGUAUAUGGAUGGUCAAAGAAACUGCUCCACAGACCUCAGACGCACGCACUGUCUUUACUGUGGAGGCGAAUAGUUAUCACUCCGCCUACAGAGCCUGGCCACGCCCUCCAGAGCCUCUUUUGCAUAACUGCCUGCAUCACCACCAGAGUCUGUCGUCAAGCGGACAGCAACCUCCACACCGGCGAUAUUGGAGUCGGAGUUGUGGGUGGCGGCGGUGGCGGUCACAGAAGGCGUUUCGUCUGGAACCACACAAGGCACCUCGUUGAGGGAGCUGUAUGGCGACAUAAUUUGAAAGCAUGGCGACUGCACUAUCCAUUUUAUUGAGUCUGCAGGUUUGGGCAACUUGUGUUACAGCUCAAGAGUUCCUCUCUGUGGGCACGGACAAUUACAUACCUGACCAUCUCUGGGUCCUGGACAAGAAUUACCAUGGCUACAGCAGUAGAACAAAGACCCUUUACGCCAUCUUGCAUGAUGUCAGUUUGACUUCCGGUCCCCUUUUCAACGGGAACGCAGCCGGGGCAAUGUACUUUAAGGGCGCUAGCUCUUCUUACGCCGAGAUACCCUAUUCCAAAGGGGAACUGGACGCCAGCAUGGACUUCAGCUGGACCAUGCUGUUGAAACCCGACUCCCUUUCCGGAAAUGGCGUCAUUCUGGAGUACUGGGAUGGAGUGGGCGGGAUUCGUGUCAAACAGGUCGGUUCAACGGUCGUCGUGGAGGCACAGGAUGUCAACAACUUCACGUAUAAUAUAACCAUCCAAAAAGUCUUCACAGAAACUAACGGCGCCACUGACUGGAUCUUUCUGGGCGUCUGCUACAUCUACGUUAAGGUAAAACCUGAUCCGGGCUUCAAGAUUUACAACGAGUACUACACUAAGACAGGGAGCGGCUAUACAUCAAAGGUCGACAACGGGACAGUGCUGCGGGGUAAGGGUCCAGUGCGACUGGGCGGGUCAGUGCUCAGCACCCAGCCACCGUUUGCUGGCUCCAUCUCUUGCCUGCGUUUCCACACCAAGUUUAUCAACAAGUUUGCCGUUGACUAUGCCAGCCAGUGCGACCCGAAAGGCACCUUCACGGACCAGUACAACCUGACCGAAUACACUCGCGACUAUGACAGCACUUCUACAACUAUCCUGACUACUGCCACAACAGCAAAGACUAGUGCAGCAGAUGAAACUACUUCCGGCGCACUGCCAGUGACUACAACUCCUACUGUUGUCGACAUACCCCAGGUGAGGGAGACCUGCUACAGACUCAUCCGACAGCUUUCGGGGGGAAAGAUCUCGCAGCGCCACGUUCUUGCGCAGAACCCCGUUAAUAGCUUGGGCGCAUGCGCGAACCAGUGCGCCUUGUUUCCGGGAUGUGCCGCCAUCUCUGUUCAGAAGUCCGUGGUGGAUGGGAAUGGUGGAGGACUGUGUGUGCUGGGGAAUGCCAGCUACGACACGACUGCAGAUGGCGCUUUCUAUCUCUAUCGCUUUGCCUGAUGGCAUUUUUGUGGCACGCUCGUCUGUUCCCGAGGUUUUUCUCUGUAGUGACUUACAGUUGGACAUCGUCAUUGUCAUUCAAUUGUUUCAGCUAAAUGUCAGUAUUCAUACUUACUUCGUUGAGUUUUUAGUAAAAUUGUCAUUCACUUGUUUCAGCUAAUUUUCAGCAAUAAUACUUACUUCGUCGAGUGUAAAAUGCGUAUAAGAUUAUAUACGUCUAUUUUCGGAAUAUUGCUUGUCUUGGUUAGUUUUCAGCAUGAUUCUUUAUUUUGGUCAGAAUAUUACUUAUUUCGUUCAGAAAAAUACUUAUUUCCGUUGAUUAUUGUAUGUUUUUAAUGCUUAUUUAAUUUUAGUUUUGUUGUUUUCUUUAGUUUUUAUAAUGUUAGGUCAAUUGUCACCAUAGAAACGUACUUAAUCCAGAAGUCAUAAAGACAGGUUUCCCAGAGUGAAUAUCUAAAGAUGUUUGAUUCCGCUUUUGGAUGCAGCUGUUUCCCUAGAAAAUUCUUUAGUUCUUGAGUAAAAACUACAAAGCAGCAUUCUGGCAUUUCAAUCAUUUCAACACGUAGGUAAUCACCAUGUUCUGUUAUUCAGUUUUCAGGGUUGUUACACAUUUCGGUUAGUUUUUCACAAUAAAACCUAUUUCAGCUGUUGUGGCAACUACUUAUUUCGGUUAGUCUUCGACGUAUUAGCUAUUUAAACAUUUUUUUAUUUUUAACUUUUUAUUCAUGUUAUUUAAACUUUUGAUUUGAUUACGUUCAGUUAGUAGCAUGCAUGCGUAUUUCUUUUGUAUCGCGUGUACUUGCACAGUCCUUGUGUCCAGACAAUUAUCAAGGAUUUGUUCACAAAGUCUCUACAAAGAAUUAAAGCCAACAGUGUUGAUAAUUGACAACUUCGACACGAUUUGCUUAUCCUCAUAUAUAUAUAUAUUGUAGUAUCAUUAAGCCUUAUUAAUCAACGUGAAGUCUAGAGCUGUCUCAGUUUAUGUUUUUCAUCAUGUUUAUUUCUUCAAGCAAUUCUGCUCCUGCCAUGCUAUUUCGUCUUCAGGGCUGGACAGACCUGGGACUCGAACUACUGCUUGAAUGUAUGAUAUUCUUUAACGUUUAUUCACUGAAAUGAUGCGUUGUUAAGAGACUUAUGGAACUGACCAACUCUGAUUUAGAAUUAGUAUAAGCUACCUGGCACUGUUCAGGGGAGAAGUAAGAGAAAAGGGCAAGGUGCAUUUUGUCUUCAUUUCAAAAGAUAAUAAAUGUCGCAUCUUA